AUGGCUGUGCCACGGAUUCAAAACAACAUUUAUUAUGCAGUAUUCUGUAUACUUGCCCUGGUUGUCCCAGCCAUGACGGCUUGUACGAAAGCACAUUAUAUCAUGUAUCUCACGGGGCAACACAAUGUGGUUCCCGAGCCAUCUCUCAUAGAGUGUAUCACACACGUUGAUUUGGCUUUCAUGCGUUCCGAAACAUUCAAUACGCCAAAUCAGACGUCAUUCCCUCUAUUCACCACUGUUGAAGAGGUCCGCUCCAAAUUCCCCAAUGAUACCAAAGUCAUGAUCGCUAUUGGUGGAUGGGGAGAUACGGAUGGGUUCUCCGCAGCCGCUAAAACAGACCAGACCAGACUACAGUUUGCAACGAAUAUAAAAAACAUGAUUGCACUCACUGGCGCAGAUGGAGUCGACAUUGAUUGGGAGUAUCCCGGCGGAAAUGGCGAAGAUUAUAAAACAAAUCCCAACUCACAAAAAGUCUGGGAGAUCGACGCCUUCCCGAAACUACUGGCCGAAAUACGAACCGCUAUUGGGCCUUCCAAAACACUGUCAGCAGCAGUUCCAGGCUUGCCGAGGGAUAUGCUUGCAUUCACGCCAUCCACUGUGCCUCUAAUUUCGCAGACGGUGGAUUUUCUUAACAUCAUGACCUAUGAUAUGUUCAACCGCCGUGACAAUGUGACCAAGCAUCACACGGGUCUUCAGCUGUCUAUGGAGGCUAUUGAAACAUAUUUGGAACGUGGGUUGCCAUCUGCAAAAGCCAAUUUAGGCCUCGCUUUCUACACAAAAUGGUACAAGACAGACCCAGAUGCAAAAGCAGAAUGUAGAGCCCAUCCUGUCGGAUGCCCAACCGCUCUCAUGGAAGAUCCAGUCACCGGAGGCGAUCUCGGUAAAGCUGGUGCCUUCUCGUGGCACGACAAUGUGCCUGCUGAGCUUGCGAAUUCUUGGAGCAAAGCACAGGCGUAUGGUGUGUACGAUGAGGCGGGGGGAGGUCACUACUAUUGGGACGAAGACGAAGAUCUGUAUUGGACAUGGGAUACGGAAGCAGCUAUCUUGAAGAAGUUUCCCCAAAUUGUGGUUGAGAAAAGCUUAGGAGGGGCUUUCGCAUGGGGGCUGGGCGAAGACGCUCCGCAGUUCGUGCAUCUGGGAGCAGCCACGCAGGGAAUUCUGACGUGGACUAAUGGGACCAAAGAACCAGGCCCCGCGGCGGAAGAUCAGGCCGAGAAAAGUGAGUUGUAG